UCUCUUUUUCUUCUGCAUUUUUAACCUCAAAUAUGAAUGGAUUAAGAUCUUUUAAAGCAUUUUAUAACAAAUCGUACAAUAAAAGACCGAUUUUAACUCUCUGUGUUGCAAAUGGAUUUCUCGGUGCAAUCAGUGAUAGUAUGGCUCAAGGCAUUGCUUUAUACGACAAAUCUAAAAAAAUCAAUAGUGCCAUUGUCCCCGAUAGCAUAAAAAAGCAUGAAAGUAUGUGGACAAUCUCAAACACCUGGGAUUUUAAAAGAACACUUCGAUUUGCAGCCUACAAUUUCUGUGUUGCACCUUUGGGUGGAAAAUGGUACAUAUUUUUGGAUAAAUACUUCCCUAUGCCUGUUGUUACAGGUGCCGUCACCAAGGCCGUUCAAAGUCAAAUCACCAAACAAGCCAACGGUAUGGCUAUUAAACGUAUGGUGACCGAUCAAGCGUUGUUUGCUCCUGCAGGUUUGGUAUUAUUUUUUACUGUGAUGGGUUUAGCUGAAGGUGGAAAAUGGGAGAACGUGAAAGAAAAGUUUAGAGAUGCCUAUAUGCCUGCUCUCAUCGCAAAUUAUAAAGUUUGGCCACUUGUGCAGUUUGUGAACUUUAAGUUUAUGCCCCUUCAGUAUAGAUUGCCGUUUGUCAGUAGCUUAGGCAUCGUAUGGAAUGCAUACUUAAGUUGGCUGAACAAUGCCUCGAAACAGGAAGAAGCGGUAUUGGAAGUAUUGGAAAAGGAAGAUACUGGAUUAGAAGUUAUACAAAGCUCUUAAAUGUGAUUAUCUUAUAUACCUGUACAUAUAGAAACCCCCUCCACUAGCGAAAUCCGUAGUGAAUUAUAAAUAUUCUGUUUUUGUUUCCAAUCUUCGAAAAUAAACUGUUUAUGCUCUCUGUGUAACGCUUAUCUGAUUUAUCCCCAAUCGCAUUUCGACUCAGAUAAUGAUUUCUUAUUUCGGUUUUUGGUCGAGCAGCAAUUAUUGCAAAUAUUCGUAACAUAACAAUCAAGCACUGUAGGCUUAAACAAAUAGGACCUAUGUUUUUUAUUUAAAAUAUUGAUCAGCAAUAUGUUUAUAUUUUUCUGAAUUCUGGUCCGG